GGGAGGAGAGGGCUGGGCUGGGCUGACUCCUUUGCAGUUGAACCAUAAAGAGCACAGGAGCUGAAACACAAUCUCCUCCUCCUCCUUCCCCACGCUGUUUCACCGACAGCCUCACUCACAGCUGGGAGGAGGACAGCCUCGCCAGCAGCCUGAGCAGGAGCUGGGAGAAGGGAAGUUUUGUGCUCUUCACACUGCAGGGAAAACCUCUUCGCGCAAACUCUGCUCACAGGUUAUUAACAUCCUGCAGCAAGUCAUUGCUUCAGCCUAAAGGUUCUGUGGAAGAAAGAAGUGAUAUGUGAAACUGGAUGAAAUUAAAUUUUGCAUCCAUCCAGGACCCUGAUGAAUGAGGUACAGGGAGACGUGGAAGAUGAUGAAUCUCACAGAGACUGCAGCUGUGAACUGCAGUAUUAACCAUGAUAUCCACCAGACAUUAUCCCCUGUGGUAUACAUAUUUGUAUUUAUAUUAGGUUUGCCAGCUAACUGCCUGUCACUGUACUAUGGGUACUUACAGAUCAAGGCUAAAAAUGAAUUGGGCAUCUACCUUUGCAAUUUGACUGUAGCAGACCUGCUCUACAUAUUUUCUUUGCCUUUUUGGCUUCAGUAUGUUUUACAGCAUGACAACUGGACCUACAAUGAGCUGCUGUGCAAAAUCUGUGGCACCCUCUUGUAUGAGAAUAUCUAUAUCAGUGUGGGCUUCCUCUGCUGCAUCUCCAUUGACCGCUAUCUCGCAGUAGUGCACCCUUUUCGGUUUCAACAGUUUCGGACAAUGAAGGCUGCUGUGAUUGCGAGCAUCAUUAUCUGGACCAAAGAAAUAAUCACAUGCUGCUUUGUCUUUAUGCAUGGAGAGAUCAGUAGGGAUGCCGAGAGCCACAUGGUGUGCUUUGAGCAUUACCCCAUCAAAGAAUGGGAGCACAACGUCAAUUACUACCGCUUCUCUGCUGGCUUCCUUUUUCCCUUCUUUCUGCUGGCCUUCUCUUACUGUGGGAUUUUACGAGUUGUCCACAAGAGUCACGGCACUCAAAAGAAGAAGAAAAUCCAAAUUAAACGAUUGGUUUCCAGCACUGUUUUAAUUUUUUUAGUUUGCUUUGGACCAUACCACAUUCUACUUGUGGUUCGCAGCUUGUUGGAGAACAACUGCUCGUUUGCUGACAAAAUAUUUAAUAUUUACCAUAUUUCUCUCCUGUUGACUACUUUUAACUGUGUUGCUGAUCCAGUGUUGUACUGUUUUUCCAGUGAAAGCACUUACCAGAACUUUGCCAAGAUGCGAGACUUUUGUUUAGCAUGUUUAGGGUGUCUGAGGACUGAGACAAAGGAAUCCUAUCCACUGAAUCCUCCAGAAACUCCCAACAGGCCACAGCAUGAGCAACAGCCAGGGUUAUUACAAAAAUCACAUGGCAGAACUGGAAUAAAGGACUCCUCCACAACUAACACGGGCAGCCUAUAGCAUUCAUCAAAAAAAGGACAUUAAUCUAAAAUCUGCAUCUAUGGCCGCAUUUGUGUAUCCAUCUGAUUCAGCCAUGUAUUACAACUGUGUUACCUCCCAAAGGCUUAUUAGCAGUGCAGUGCAGUGAGGUAGUUCCUGGAGGUGCUUGGACCUUGGCAAUAGUGAGGAAAGCACAUGCUGAGUCAGUUCAGUUACUAUUAUGUGUCUGUUAUCAUUGUGGUGCAGCUCAAAACCUGUUGUCUUGAUGACUGUGUUGACCAGAAUAAGCUAGUACUCUUGGUCUGUGCUUCUGUUGAAUUCGUCUUUAAACUGCUUUCUGUGUGCCCCUGUAGCAUCUAGAGAAAAAUAAUCCUCUACAAGCUGUCAUCAUCUGUUGAAAAGGUUGGAGACAGAACAAAUUAAAUGUCCCCAUAUGUACUUUUAAAAAGAAAAAAGAAAAAAAAAAUGCAUUUCUGCAACAUUUCUGUAUGUCUCUGAAGUGACUUCUCUUUCAGCCAGUUUCAAGAACUGCAGAGAACUUGCCAGAACCAACCUCCUAAAACAACCAAUCCAAUGACAUCAGAUGUUCUGGGAGAACAUGCGCAAGGAACUCAGCAUCUGCUGAGACCUUCAAUCUGUUGAUUGACUGUCAAAUCUGAGACUGUUGAACCUCAUCAUAAGGCUUCUCUUGACUUCCAGAGGUACUUGGCUCCAAUGAGGACUAUUUGGUUUGUUGACUUGGAAAAGAACGGGAGGACGGUAGCAUAUGAGGCGCUUUGAACCCGUGUGCUUAUCUGAGUCACCGUGUUCAAAGACCAAUUUAGUCUAAAUUCUACUAAACCUUGCUAAGGUUUGGAUCGCGUCCUUCGCAAUUUGUGCAUCUUGUGCAGCAUAGACCAUGCAGGCAAUUAAAUAACAAUGCGUUUGUCAGGGAAACCGUUAAAUGCAUUCUGUUUAAACUCUGUUUUCUCCCACAGAUACCAUAGGUUAGGUUUUGGUCAUUGUUCAGUAAAUACAAUAUCAGAAAUACAAUGUUUUAAAUUAUCUGUGUUUUAGACAGAAUGAUCUAUGGUUUAGACAGAAACAAAAUACAGGAAUAAGUGGAGAUAGCGUCAGUUAAAGAUGUGGGAGUUACACUCUGUAGUAUUGUUUCUACCACCAGCUCCUCUCUAAGUUUUUUUUUCUUCUUUAUUAUGCUAAUGAAUCCUGUAUGGUGAUGCUUUGUGGUCUGCUCAUCACACCUUCUUGUAACGGUUAUGCCAUGAAUAUUGCCUUGCCCUUUCAUUUCCCUGGUUUCAAACUUUUCUUGAAACACUUCUCUCUCUGCAACCUGGAGCUGAUAAGUUCCAGCAGGAUAAUCAGGUUUGUUUCUUUUUUUUUUUUUAAAUGUCAAAAGAUUCUCUAGACAGAUGGUCUACUCCUGGUAUCUGAAGUAUGUCAUUGUAACACAGCCGUGCUUGUCAGAGGUUUCUAAAAGGCAAUAUAUAAGAACAGUUUUCUGGAAACCACCUUGAGAGUGCAAUAUUAGAAAUAAUUAGGGGAUGUGUUUAAUAAAGAAUGUUUUUAUUAUUUUCUUCCUAUAUUUGUUCACUCUGUGUUUGAAAUAACUAUCUUAUGGCUUUGGCCCACAGUUUCUAUUUGUGAGACUGCAGAUCCUCUCCUCCCUCCUCUUGCAGAAAGGAUUCAUGCCCCCACUCCCAGGAGGGGAUUAGGUUUGCUUAGGUUAACAUUUGGUUUGUUUAAUUAUUUUACAUUUCUUUAUACAUAGACCGCUCACCAAGCUGGAUUAAUUACCUUAUAAAUGCAUUUUUGUCUUCUGACUAUUAGUGCUGUUUAGCUUUACUUUCUCCUAAUCUUCAGUCUCUGCUGCCUCUAUCAACGCGCCCGUAAGGCAGGGACUCCUGACUGCCAUAAUGCCGUGCUUGUACGUUGUUACGCACUGAGCCAACUGCUUGGACUCCCGUGACCUGGCAGGCUGUAAGACACACAGGCGGUUUGUUCUAGGAUGAAAUAUUUGUUGUCCUGUUUAUGCUUUACUUCUUUACAGUUACCCAUGUUGUUUAGAUUAGGCAGCUGGAACGCAGAGCAUGCCACAUUACAUGGAAUUGUCGUCUGAGGGAUUAAGUUUUAUUGGAGUUGGUACUUUGAUGUGGUCAGCUUUUGGUCAGCUGAUGCAGCUUAAAAUCAGAUGGAAACUUGUGUCAUGGGGUCCAGCAUUCUGCUGCAGUUCUCAACAUUUAACCUGCUAACCCGCAAGAGAAGGGGGGGAUUUUUUCUUUCUUCUUUUUUUUUUCCACCCUGAAGUCGCCAUUUUAUCAAUUCUUUCUAUAUUGUAACUGUUAGGCUUAGGCUGCAGAGCUGUAACCAAUACGGGAGGAAGGCAACUCUCACUCGGAGCUUUUCUUUCCAUCUCAGCCAGAACAUAGUCGAUCAAGGGUCCUUACUAUCGUUGCUAGAGAUAUGCUACGUAUUGCUUUUGCAUUAAAUACAGCGCUUGGGACUUCACACGAGAAGGGAUUUUAAAAACAGAC